AUGCAUCGUCUUUUUGCUGAGCUGGAGCCAUCUUUAACCGUCACAGAGCAAAACCUGGCAGACCGAGUUCGGUAUAUCUUGCGCUCAAAUAUAUUUGAUGUCGCCGAACUCGAACGGCUACGACGUGAGGCUGUUCCCUCGUCGGAUGAGAAUGCUACGGCUGAGGAUGCGGCGCCACAAAUGGUAGAGCAACCCGCAAACGUGGAUGCCGCCGUGAAUACCCCAGUUGUGGUUGAUUCAAACGAUGAUGGAACAGUCGCCCAGGAACUGGAAUUAGAGCAUAUGAGGAGUAUAUUGGAAGAGGCGAUUGUGGAAACGCGCAGUACGCCUCUCGAAAAUCGACCGCGACUUCCCCGCAUAGCCCUAAGCAAGCGGAAUCGGGCUGUCGUGAGGGCUCUGAACCCAAUGCUGGUUACCUAUUUGGAAGCCAGCCGGGACCUUUGCGAGACGGACUCAAUUCUUUUUGGCGCCGCGCUGGCAGUCUGCCGUAUCAUAGGCGCCAAGGUUUCCACGGCUGGACGCGCUACUGGCCAUAGUAGCGCUAUCCCAGCAUGGAGAAGAAGAAUUGAGGAACGUAUCGCAAAGGCUAGAGCUCUCAUCGGCAGACUGAUAUGCUUCAGAUCAGGCAACAACAGGCCAAGAAUUGUGCGCACCGUCAGGAUGGCGUUUGCUGGGACAAAUGUCAGUUUGUCCCAGCCGGAUAUAACGCAAAAACUGACGGAGCGCAUAGAUGAUCUGAAGCAGAGAAUCGCUGCUUGGGGAAAGCGGAUUCGGCGAUAUACCGAGAGGUCGACACGGUUCAACCAGAAUCGUCUCUUCCAGAGUGAUCAGAAGAGGCUCUAUGAAUCAUUGGAGCGACCAAUGGUAAGUGGAACGGGUCCAGCACCGAAUCAGGCCGACACUGUAGCAUUCUGGCGCGGCCUGUGGUCAGAGCCCGUAAACCAUAGCGAGGGCCCUUGGACGGAAGUUGUGGCGAGUCAGUGUGCGGGUAUUACGCUCAUGGACCCCGUCAUCAUAACGCCGGAUGACGUAGCUGAGGCGGUCCGUAGGGCCCCGAACUGGAAAAGUCCGGGGCUUGACGGGCUGCAUCACUACUGGCUGAAGGGGUUCAUGUCAACUUUAGGUUCAUACGACGGCCGAGUUUACGAACGUUUAAUGGAAGAAGCUAUGAAGAGUCCUCUCAAUGCGGAACCAGUUAACGAAACCUUCCAUAAGUACCUUAAACCUUUCAUGCAGGGAAAACUGUGA